GUGACAAGCGGCGCUGCCUCGAAGAACAUUCGUGGCAUUACACAGGUCGCUGCUGCCCCUGCCGCGGCCAUUGUCCGACCUCUCGAAGCUCAUCCUCAUGACACACAACGACGGAGUAGUAGGUUCAUGUGCGGCAUCUUGUUCUCACGGACAUGCUACGAUAGGUCGACCCCGAGGGUGACGACGACUCUACAUCGUUUCUCGACAAGGGCAGUCGACGGCGACAGCGACGAGAGAUGGCUUCUUGCCACUCCAACGAAGAUGGUGAAGACGGCGACGACACGAACGAUGCGUGGCGUGUCGCCUUCACAUCCGACCCCGACUUUCACACUGCACGAGCGUUGCUGCAGCGAAAAGGCGACAUCAAAGCCCUCACGCAUGCGUACAUGUGCGUAUUCGGCGAUCAAUUCCUAAACCUCGUCCGGACGAUGGUCGAGUCCGAGGUGUCGAAUGUGUCGGACGCCCAUGCCGUGGAAAUGAUGCGCGGCAACUCGGCGUGCAUGAAGAUCCUCAGCGAAGUCGCGUAUGUCGUCGGCACCGACUACCUGCGCGACGUCUUGGCCGGCCCCAUGGCCGUGCUCUUCCACUUGCAAGACACUCUCGAAGUCAACCACGCGAUCGUCCACGACGACAUGACCCUAGCGGCGCAUCGCGCGCAGUUGGAGUCCCUUGCCCAAACUAUCCUCGACAGACUGGUGUGCGCGCCAUUUCCGCCGCUGUUGGCGGCGGUGUGUCUGUACCUCCGCCGCAGCGUGGCCACCCGCUUCCAUGCGCACUCGGACUCGAUCCUCGGCGGGUUCCUCUUCCUCCGCGUCGUGUGCCCCGUGAUUGUCAUGCCGUGCCGGUCCAGUGUGUUUCCGCAUGUGGCCAAGACAAGUCUGCCGCCCCACGCGCUUCGAUCGUCCAUUCUCGUCGCCAAACUGCUGCAAAACCUGGCCAACAACGCGUUCUUCAAAGAAGACUACAUGGCGCCGUUCAAUCCGUUCAUUCGUCGCAACUUUCCCACCGUGGUGGCGUUUUACGACCGCAUUUGCGACAGCGUCGACGCUGCCACCUCUCCAACCACCCGCUUGGAAACGACCACGUCACUGCUCACUGCCGACGAAGCAUGGAAGAUCAUUCAAGACCAUGUGGACCGUCCAUUGGAAGUCGCCGUCCGCCCCGCGGUGCGGAGGAUGUCGUCGGGGAUUGCAGGCGGAGGACCUGUCCGCACGUCGGCGCAGUCGUCCGUGACGUUAUCGCUGGAUCGACCCAAGCAAAAGCCAUCCAUCUCGUCCACAUCGUGGUUCCAUCCUACUUUUUUCCUCAGCCACCGAGGGGGGCCGCCGCCGCCUCCGCCGCCACCGCCGCCGCCCCCCUUGGACUUUCUGGACGACUCAGCCGACCACCGCCGCCGCCACGACUUGAUUCAAAUGGCCCAAUGCGGACUGACCGCACUGGUGGACGCUGUCGGUGGCCAUGACGCGCCGGUUGCAUUAGACGAACCACCUUGGAAUAAGGGCCCAACCAAGCGCGGCGUGCAAGUUUUCACACGUGUCAGUCGACAGUUGCUCGAACUCAAAGCGUCGGUGGUGGUGGCGGCAGAUCCACACACGUGUCUGGCGUUCAUUAUGGCGCCUCAAGGCCGCGAAAUCUGGAGCACAUGGGGACACGAAGUCCGGGAACUGGAACGACUGGACAGCACAAGUCGCGUGCUCCACCGUACCAACUACGGCACCAAGUUGCCGCGGUUCUUGUUGUGGUGCUGCAUGCAACUUCAGGACGCAUGCGAGUUGGAGUCUGUCUUCUAUCCCCCUUGCAAGCCCAACCAUUCGCCAUCCUCAUAUCCAUCUUCCCCGUCGUCCCACGCUCAAAAUGGAGACGUCCCUGCCGCCCACAGAACCCUCAUGGAUCAAGACGAUGCUUCUUGGAUAUGUGCGCUCGUGUUUCAGUCGGUGUUCCGUCCAGACUUGCCGCCUGUGGCGGGGGUCGUGCGGUCGUCCGUGCUCAGCAGCGGAUUUGUGCUGCAGGUGACGCCGGAUAAGACGACUCGAGUGACGUUUACCAUUCGAAUGGACGAGGACGUGGCCCCUCUGCAAGCCAAGCCGUACCAAAAGCAGCUGCUCACGCUCGCCAAACUCAAACUUGCCAUCGAACGAUCCACCUAACUGCGACUCUUAUCCAGUACUUGUACACACGUUGCUUUCUACAGGCGCUUAUGUAUUACUGGUAGUACCAAAUACAGUACUGUACUACUACGAGUAGUAGUACAUUGUUGGGCAAACAUGAC